UCUAACUAUUCUGCUUUCCUUAGUUUUGAGGUUAAAAUGGAUCCAAGGUUCAAUAGUUUUCCAACUUCUAUGAAUGGAUUCAGCCUGGAGAACCAAUCCUUACCCAUUUCUUCGAAUCGUUGGAAGAAUAAUGAGCCAAGAUUUGAAGCUAUUUAUCAAGAUCAGAAGCUAGUCAAUGGUCCAAGAUUUGAAAAUAACUUUGUCCCAAACAAUGUUGGUGGAGUUCAAUCAGUUUCUAAUGACCCUUUACCAACAAGCAGCAACAAAGCAUUGACUUCUGAUAUUGGUGCUGAGGAUGAAUACAAUGAAGACUUUGAUUUCUCUGAUACGGUUUUGAGCUAUAUAAAUCAGAUGCUUAUGGAAGAAGAUAUGGAGGAUAAGACACAUAUGCUUCAGGAGUCGUUGGAAUUUCAAGCGAAAGAGAAGUCAUUCUAUGAGGCCCUCGGCAAGAAAUAUCCACCUUCACCUCAGCAAAACCUGUCGAUUACUUACCAGAACGAUGAGAUACCAGAUGAGUACUGCUCAGGAAGUCUGUAUAAUUUUACGAGUAAUAGCAAUGACAGUAGUGGUUACCUUAUUGAUCCAACAGUUAUUAACAUUUCCAAUGAUCUUGAUUCCUCUUAUGUACAAGGCCUUUCAGUUUGUAAUGGUACUUACUCUUCGAUUAGCUCAUCGAGUAGCUUAAAUAAUAUUGUAGAUGGGUUCUUAGACUCUCCUGUAAGUCCUCUUCAUACCCCUGAUAUAUAUAACGACAGCCACCCGAUUUGGAACUUUAGGAAAGGAGUGGAAGAAGCAAACAAGUUCCUCCCAACUAAUAUUAAGUUGUUGGACAAUGUGGAUAUUAAUGACUUGUUGCCUCUGGAGAAAAGAGGGGAAAGUGGUUAUGUGGCUGCUCGGGUAGAGAAAAGGUAUGCGGGAGAGACUUCACCUACAGAGCCGAGAGGGAGGAAGAAUCCUCAUAGAGAUGAUAAGGAUUUACUAGAAGAAGAAAGAAGUAGCAAACAAGCUGCUGUUUAUACAGAAUCAACAGUUCGUUCAGACGAGUUUGAUAUUGUUUUGCUGCAUAGCUUGGGUAAUGGGAAGGAAGCGUUGGAAGCUUAUCGCGAGAGCUUGAAGAAUGCUAGAAUGAAAACUACGGUGCAGAAUGGGAAAUCAAAAGGAUAUAAUGGAGGGAAGGGCCGCGGCAAGAAAUACAGUAGUAAAAAGGAAGUCAUAGAUUUAAGGACUCUUUUAAUAAAUUGUGCACAGGCUGUUGCUGCUGAUGAUUGCAGAAGCGCAAUUGAACUGCUGAAACAGAUCAGACUCCAUUCAUCUCCUUUCGGAGAUGGCAACCAGAGAUUGGCUCAUUGCUUUGCGGAUGGUAUGGAGGCACGCUUGGCCGGCACUGGUAGCCAGAUUUAUAAGGCCCUUGUCAAUAAAAAAACAUCAGCAGCCGAUUUUUUAAAGGCCUAUCACUUGUAUCUCGCGUCAUCGCCAUUCAGGAAGCUUUCGGGUUUUGCCUCAAACAAGACAAUCAUGACAAAAGCAGGGAAUGCUGCAAGGGUCCAUGUCAUUGACUUUGGUAUCCUCUAUGGCUUUCAAUGGCCUACGCUUAUUCAACGUAUCUCAGCUAGAGAAGGUGGGCCCCCAAAGCUUCGCAUUACUGGUAUAGAGUUUCCUCAACCUGGUUUCAGGCCUGCAGAAAGGAUUGAGGAAACAGGACGCCGUUUGGCUGAUUAUGCUCAGACCUUUAAUGUACCAUUUGAAUACCAUGCAAUUGCAAAGAAAUGGGAAACUAUCAGACUUGAGGAUCUAAAGCUUGAAAAAGAUGAAUUUCUUGUCGUCAAUUGUUUGUAUAGAUUUAAGAACUUGCCUGAUGAGACCGUGUUAACUGACAGUUCGAGAACUCUUGUUCUCGAUCUUAUAAGGAAAAUCAAUCCAGACAUUUUCAUCCAUGGGAUUGUCAAUGGGGCUUACAGUGCCCCAUUUUUUGUCACGCGAUUUCGUGAGGUCCUUUUUCACUUUUCUGCACUUUUCGAUAUGCUGGAAGCUAAUGUACCACGUGAGUCUCCAGAACGAAUGUUAAUUGAGAGAGAGAUCUUUGGGAGGGAAGCCCUGAAUGUCAUAGCUUGCGAGGGGUGGGAAAGAGUCGAAAGGCCAGAGACAUAUAAGCAAUGGCAAGUUCGUAAUCUAAGGGCAAGGUUUACACAGAUACCUUUUGAACGGGAGGUCAUGAAUCGGGCAAUAGAAAAGGUGACAUCAAGCUAUCACAAAGACUUUGUAAUCGACGAAAAUAACAAGUGGCUAUUGCUAGGGUGGAAAGGGAGAACAAUAUAUGCAUUAUCUUGUUGGAAACCUAUUUAAGAAUCUGCAAGCUAUGUUGCUCGGAUUCUCCGAAAAUGUUUCCGGGUGCGUGUCGGAUCCUCCAAAAGUAGUAUACUUUUGGAGGAUCCGACAAGGGUGUGGCAGCAUUUUGGAGAGUCCACGUAACAUAGUGUGCAAGACAUGUUUUUAACAUGCUUUCUUUUGAACAUAAAGUUGUCUUUCCACAUAUUUGGAGAAAUCAAACAAUACAGAGGUAACGGGCAAGUUCAUGCUGUUGUUAAAGCUAAUAAAUAUUUGCUCACACGAGCGACACAAUGUUUAUUUCGUUGCUAAGAUGAUCAUUCAAGGUGAGGCUUCAGAAAAUAUUCUUGCCAACCGAUGAUGAAGUUGAAUUAUCAGCAUAUAAUCGUUGCUGCAAAGUGUGUAGCACAUACCUGCUACCUUUCACCUAACUCUGGUCAUCAUCGAGUUUUAGGCAGAUAGGAAAAGAUUACCUAGUAGUAUUUUUUGUAUCUAUUGGAACUUAAUUUCUAGUCUCUCAAGACCUUUUAUCACAUUUCACUGCUACACCCUGGGGUGCCUUAUGUGCAACGCGUUGUUAUUAAACAUUA